UACUGCAUCUGAUAGUGUUUUAGUAGACUUAAUGUGUACUCUUUAAAGGAAAUGGGAAAAAUAAAGUCAGAUUCCAAGGUAGUUGGACAGAAAGCUUGUUUUAUUCUUACUAAUGGGCUUUAAUUGUUCCCCAGCUCUGCACCAUGCACACAAAUUUCUAACAUCUCAUUACACAUUUGCUCUCUGUGUGCUCUGCCCUCUUUCGGGCUGGGAGAAGAGACACAGAGCAUGUUUCACCUGCUGAGCUAACAGGAAAAAAUGACGAGGGCAGGACGUGGGAAGAGAAUACAGAUUAAAUACAGCUGGAGACAGCUACAUCUUGGUGCAGUAGCACCAGUGGGAAGUGGUGGGGUUGCUGAAAGGUGAUGGGGCUGCGAUUUUAUUUGUCUGAGCAGCGUCUGGUUGAAUGAGACCUAGGUUCAAGAUUGCAGCGUUUAGAUGUGCGUGUUGUGCUGCCUCAAAGUCACAAGAGGCUCAAAGAAGCAGACUGGAAUUGCAGGAGUCAGAGUCUGAGAACAAGCUGGAUGGAGAGACAGCAUCAGACAGCGAGAGCAAGUCUGAAUUUGGAGGAUCACCCCCAGUGCCAACAUCGGAUGACACUCCAGAGGUUCUGAACAGAGCUCUCUCCAACCUGUCCUCAAGAUGGAAGAAUUGGUGGGUAAGAGGCAUCCUCACUCUGGCAAUGAUCACCUUCUUCUUCAUCAUCAUCUACUUGGGACCCAUGGUCUUAAUGAUGAUAGUGAUGUGUGUCCAGAUCAAAUGUUUCCAUGAGAUUAUCACUAUUGGCUAUAAUGUGUAUCACUCAUACGACCUGCCCUGGUUCAGGACGCUCAGCUGGUACUUCUUGCUCUGUGUUAACUACUUUUUCUAUGGUGAGACUGUGACAGAUUAUUUCUUCACCCUGGUUCAGAGGGAGGAGCCCCUGCGAAUUCUCAGCAAAUACCACCGCUUCAUUUCUUUUGCCCUGUACUUAACAGGUUUCUGCAUGUUUGUCUUGAGCCUGGUUAAGAAACAUUAUCGCCUCCAAUUCUAUAUGUUUGGAUGGACCCAUGUGACGUUGCUAAUUGUUGUUACCCAGUCGCACCUCAUCAUUCACAACCUGUUUGAAGGAAUGAUAUGGUUCAUUGUCCCAAUUUCCUGUGUGAUCUGCAAUGACAUCAUGGCAUACAUGUUUGGGUUCUUCUUUGGCCGCACCCCGCUCAUCAAGCUCUCCCCAAAGAAGACCUGGGAGGGUUUUAUUGGAGGUUUUUUUGCCACUGUUUUGUUUGGAUUGCUGCUGUCCUAUGUGAUGUCCGGGUACCGGUGCUUCACCUGCCCCGUGGAGUUCAACAACGACACCAACAGCUUUACAGUGGACUGUGAGCCAUCAGAGCUGUUCCAGUUACAGGAGUACAACAUCCCCUUGGUGCUGCAGUCUGUGGUGGGCUGGAAGACAGUCCGGAUGUAUCCAUUCCAAAUCCACAGUAUUGCACUGUCUACUUUCGCCUCCCUUAUUGGGCCAUUUGGAGGCUUCUUUGCAAGUGGAUUUAAGAGGGCCUUCAAAAUUAAGGAUUUCGCCAACACAAUCCCAGGGCAUGGAGGUAUCAUGGAUCGCUUUGACUGUCAGUACCUGAUGGCUACCUUUGUUAAUGUGUACAUCGCAAGCUUUAUCAGAGGUCCUAACCCCAGCAAACUGAUCCAGCAGUUCUUAACCUUGCGGCCAGACCAGCAGCUCCACAUCUUCAACACGCUAAAAGCACACCUUGUUGACAAGGGUAUGUUAGGUAGUUUGGAGGAUGCAUAGACAGCCACGUGAUUGGAAUGGGACUGAAAACGGACAAGCCUCCUCAAGGAAAUUCCUGGCUUGCCUGAUAUAAGACAAUAACAAGGCCUCAUUUCACUGUAACUUUUCUUCCUUUCUUGGUAAAUGUUUGCAUUUGUGUUUGUUAUUUUUUUAUAUAAUAUAUUUAUAUAGCUUUGGUUCAAAUGAGCAAAUCUGAGUUUGUAGCUGGAAAGGAAUUAAGACUUGGAAUGAGUUGGGUGAAGUAAGAGGGUACAACUGUCCUCAUGGUCUGUUCUUAAACUUCGAUGCAUGUGGGCAGAAAGUUCAAUUUCCUGUGGAUGCAGGGAAUACAUAAAACAUUUCCCGUACAAUUGCCUCUGCGCAUGGAAGUCAGCAGGGAAGGUGAAGUUGUGCAGCUUCCCUGGCUUUUGUGCCAGGUUGCAUUCAUAAUGGCAGCUCUGGAGACCAUCAUUUUGCCUGGCGGUAACUGUGACCGCAAUGUUCAUUUUCCCAGAAAUCCACAUACCCGCCUGUGUGCAGACUCCUUGGAGUCUCUGCAUGGCAAGCACAAGGCUCAGUUAAUUAGAAGAGAACUUUGUACUAAUCUAGCUAUGUUUCCUCUGCCCAGCCAGGCAUGUGUAUCUAUUUUCACUUGCUGUUUCUGCAAGUGCCUCCCACAUUCUCCUCUUAUGGCUGGUAUUUUGACAAAGAAGAUCUUUUUUAACCUAUUAAAUUGGAAAUAAACCAGGGACAAGGAAUUAAGUAGCUGGUAGUUGCUCAUAGGAAUGUGGGAGGUUCAGAUUGCUUCAAAACUGAAUUGAGUAAAUAGGUUUUAGAGAACAUUGAAGUUUCAUUGAGUAAAUCCUGCCAAGUAAGAACAAGCUUUUAAAUAACCUGGUUCCUUUUUCCUCUGUUAAAUAACCUUUAAGAAACAUUGAUGUUUGCAAAUCCCACACUUGGAUAUUUUACCUGAUUUGGAGAGCAGUUUCCAACUUGGUGUUGUUUCUGAAGUUUGCAGGUUGGGGCUCCAGCACCCUGCUGGUGCUGUCAGCUGGGUAUUUCAUUUUUCUUUCAGGGAUCAUGUCUAUCACCCGUUCAUUACUUGAGUUCUGGAUGUUGUGCUGCUGAGUUUUAUCACGGUCUGUGUUGCAUUUCAGUCUGGGUUCAUUCACCUGCAGGCUUCUGUCCUGCUUUGCUUACUAAAUCUUGUCAAAAAUAGGUUGCACUUAAUAGUUAGAGGUUUUAUCUAAGUACCUAAGUACUUUCCUUUAUUUUGUCAUACUUUUAUAUUAUUUAAAAAUGAGAGCCCUAGAGAUUGUAAAACUUUUUUUUUUUUUGUGAUUAGAUCGUGAAAAUAUCUUCAGUUUAUACUAGACCUUAUGCAAUGUUCCCGUGUACAAGGUGACUCUGAUUUUACUUCUUUCCAUAGUUUGUGCACGAGAGAGAGAAACUUUACCUUAUUUUAACCUGGGGAACGAGUGACAGGGAAAGAUAAUACAGAAGUACAUUGCUGUUGUCAAACAGUUGCUGAUAUAAACCUUAUACACCAACACCACCCCACAUAUGGAGACAUGUACAUGCUGCAAACUAGCUAAGCAUCGAUGGAAAAUAAAAAACCUGAAAAUAUUUCAUGGUUCAUACUCUGUAUUCUGAUUCUGCUGUUGCUUUCAUUUACCCUAAAAGAGUGGACAGGAGAGCACAUGUGUGCAUGUGUAACUACAUGAAUAGAUACCAACAUCUCUCUUACAUUUCUAUACAACUCUUUGUGUCAUAAGUUCUGCUUCAUCUCCCUAAACAGGAGUUGUGGGGUGGAAGUGUGUGCCCGUUGCACUGCAAAUACAGGUAUUGAUCAAGAGCAUGCAUUGUGGAGAAGAAGGAACUGUUUCCACAAAGUAUUUUCAGCGUGGUGCUGAAGAGAGAGGCUUCUGAGAGAGGCCAGAACCACUAAGAUGGAGCCAAUUCAGGAUUGUAUUUGGUUAACACCAACUGUGUAGAGGCUUUCCUAAACUAGUUGUGGAGCCUGAUUUUUUCCAGCUAGAAUCAGGAAGGGAUUUAUUUUGUGUUGACUUAGAGGAUAUUGGUCCAACCUCGCUGGAGGGGAGAAUUAAGGUGUUUCCAUCUUGCAUCACCCCAGAGAAAAUGUUUGGACUGCAUUUUACAAUGGUUUGUCCAAGUCUAACUAGGCAAAGGGAGGACACUUGAAGCAGUACCUGAACUGGGAAUAGAUGUGGAAGCGACCGGGUUUUGUGUAGACCCUGAAAAGCAGCUUUCCCUGUCGUCAAACAAGCUGGUGCUUUUCUGGAUUCUCCCUGCCUGAUGUCAACAUCUGCCAAAAUCCCUUGUACUGCCCUGUUGGUUCCUAAGUCAGUCAUCAGAAGAAGCUACAGUGUUGAUAAAUAUUACAAAAGUGUAAUGCUCUUUAUAACAAUGCAUUUUUCACGUGGGUCUCUAGCCUCCUGCUCAUCUUGCUUUGAACCUUUUGGACUUCUUUAGUUGUAAUUAGUGGGGCAAAAGCCCGAAACCUUUGUGCAUGCUUUUGAUUUGAGUAGCAUUUGGGUCUUUUUUAACGGUGCAAUACUGGAUGUAGACACUGGAGGGCAAAGCAGCUGCAUUAAUGGCUUCAUAGUUCUGAGAGAGAAGCUGCAGCAGUGUGGGUGGUUUCCUGCGCAGCUCGAUUCUAUUAAUAUUACUUCCUCCCCAGCAGUGCAGUGGACAGCUGGUCUUCCAAACCUGUUUUGAUGCUGAAGGCUAAAGAUACGUGGAAAGGGUUUGGCAUCCUACACUGAAGUUUAUUAAACUGAAUGGAAACAGUGCAUCUGUUUGGGAAAUGGAGGAAGAAGGGAGGGAGAUGAGGGAUGAUAAGAUCAUCUGCAAGCUGUAUAGCUGGUCUUGCUGAAAAAUACUGGUGAGCACCAUGGCAUGUCCUCUGUCAUGCUGAGACUACGGCUGGUAAACCCAUUUGACUUCUGCACCACUUCUGAGAGUGUAUGUAGUGGCACUGGUCAGCUCUUAGUGACAGCAUGCUGCCUGCGAGAGCGUUCGGUGGGUUUUCCCCAUCACCACAGCCUGGGAUUGGCUUUAGUUUGCUGUAAAUAUUUCAAGUUAUAUCUAGAAAGUUAGAGGAAAUGAAAAACUACUGUUACUGGCUCUGGCUGUUCCUAAAGGAGGUAUUAGCUGUGAUGCCAAAUGUGUGUACAGGGAUGUGCAGCAAGACACAUUGCAGCUCUUCGCAUUGCAUUAAGCCUGGCAGGACUGUGGCCAUGCUGCAGCUCUUGCAAGAAUGUAGCUUCGGAGGGAAGCUGAUGUAGCUAGUGCUCCUGGAGAGGCCACGCAGGCACCAGGGGUGUCUAACUAAAGCAGUGCAGGGAUGUUCAUGUAAUGUUUCUCCAGCUGCAGGGCUUGAGCUUGGCAUUACACAGUAGUUUUGCUCACAGGGGACUCCACAGCUGGAAGUGUUCAUCAUGCUUUUGCUCAGCAAGAAGGAAAUAACUGGGAAAGUAAACCAGUGGGGGAUACUGCAUUGACUGGUGUGGGUGCUUGGGUCAGGAGAAAGAGAAAAGUGGGGUUUUGUCUGAUGUCAAGCCUACGAAGGUAGAAGUGCUGCAUUGGGAGGGGACAGGUGGUUUGAAAACCACCUCCUCACAAUCAGUCACUGCUUUUCCAGUUGGAGCAGACAGAGAUGGAUGUGAGUGUAUUUAAUAAGCAAAGAGCUGGCACAUGGUGGAAAGGUGCUUUUGCAUAGUGUAACAAGCUGGCUGUCGCAGUGAGAUAACUAAACGUUCCUGGUGUUUGCUGGUGGGCGAAGGUCAUUUAGUGAAAUGGGCUGGAUGCUGGUCUGCUCACAGCUUGAGUGUGUAGUUGAGCACUUGGCUUACUCUGAUGGGAAUUUGCUUCUUUGAGUUUGUUUGUAGCCCAAAUUUGUUUAUAGAUCAGUUGCAUCAUCAGGCUGGGGCCUGCAGUGCUCACUGAAACAUUAAAACCUCGUUGCUGGGUAUGGUGACGUGUCCUAUACCCAUCACUGCAUUAUUCAGAUAUUCUUUGUGGUGAUGGGCUCAGGAGUCUGCUGACGCUGAUCUGAGGGGGCAGCCCGUGCGGCUCGUGAAGCCAAAAAUCCCACAGCAUCAGUCAACACUUAGCACCAGAUUGGGAAAUGCCAGUAUCUUAGACUUUAAGGCAUCUCCUGUUCCUGAUGCAUGCAGCAUGUCCCCCUGAGCACGACUGGUGGGAUCCAGGCAUGCGUCCAGGCUUUGGUCUCUUCCUUCCCCACCUCCUCUGACUGGCUUGGUGCUAUAGGAGGAGGGCAAAGCUGUGUGGAAACCAUCACUGUGGCUCAUCCAGACCUUCCUGGGGACAGGCAAGUACUGCAGAAAGCAUCGCGUGACAGUUCCUGUGGUUCCUGACCUCUGUAAUCAGCCCCUGAGCUGCAUUUUGUACUACUGUAAUUUUUGCGUGCUCCUGUUCCCCAGACCUGAUGUGUUUCUACCAUCUGCUUCUUUCUCUGUGCAUUGUUCUUUUGAGUAAUGUUUUAGCUACACAUGUAGAACUGCCUUUCUUUGACCGAAUGUCCGAAUGUGAUAUAUUGUAUAUUUUAAAGUAUUUACCCUAUUUAUAUACCAUAUGUUACUGUUAAAUAAAUAUAAGUUCCACUAUC